AUGAAAAAUGAGGAAAGAUUCUCAUCUAAAAGGGUGGAGGAAAAAGAAGCCAUAGAAGGCUUGAGGACAUAUAAAAAGGACUUUACAAUGACUUUUUACCUCAGACAUUACUGGAAAGAUGAACGGCUCACCUUUCCUAGCACAAGAAACAAAAGUAUGACCUUUGAUGGUAGAUUAAUCCAAAAGAUUUGGGUGCCUGAUGUAUUUUUUGUACAUUCCAAAAGAUCCUUCAUCCAUGAUACAACUGUGGAGAACAUUAUGCUGCGAGUAUAUCCUGAUGGCAAUAUCCUAUUCAGUCUCAGGAUCACAGUUUCUGCUAUGUGCUUUAUGGAUUUCAGCCGAUUUCCUCUUGACACUCAAAACUGCUCUCUUGAACUAGAAAGCUAUGCAUAUAAUGAGGAAGAUUUGAUGUUAUACUGGAAACAUGGAAAUAAGUCCUUAAACACAGAUGAGCAUAUUUCCCUUUCUCAGUUCCUUAUUGAAGAGUUCAGUGCAUCUAGUGGAUUAGCCUUCUACAGUAGCACUGGUUGGUACAACAGGCUUUUCAUUAACUUUGUGCUAAGGAGGCAUAUUUUAUUUUUUGUCCUGCAAUCCUAUUUCCCAGCCAUGCUUAUGGUGAUGUUGUCAUGGGUUUCAUUUUGGAUUGAUAGAAGAGCUGUUCCUGCCAGACUUUCAUUGGGUAUAACUACUGUGCUGACAAUGUCUACCGUUAUCACUGGAGCCAGUGCCUCAAUGCCUCAGGUGUCUUACAUCAAAGCUGUGGAUAUUUACUUAUGGGUCAGUUUUCUCUUUGUGUUCCUGUCUGUCAUUGAAUAUGCAGCAGUGAAUUAUCUCACCACAGUGGAAGAAAGGAAGCAAUUUAAAAAGAAAGGGAAGAUUUCUGGAAUACAUAACAUUGAGGCAGUACAAGCAAUGGCAUUUGAUGGUUGUUACCAUGACAGCGAGACUGAUAUUGAUCUGACCCCCUUUUCUAUACAUUCAGAAGAAUAUUCAGUGAACAGCAAAAACCCCAGCACCCCAACUACUGAUUCAGCUCAACUCAACAGGAAGAAGUCUUUGAAAGGCCAUGUUGGCAGAAUCAUUCUUAAGAACAAUCAUGUCAUUGACACAUAUUCUAGAAUUGUUUUUCCUGCUAUGUUUAUUGUUUUUAAUUUCUUUUAUUGGGGCUUCUAUGUAUAAACACAGAUUACCAGAAACCAGAUUGUGUAACAGCUGUCUCUGUGUGUUCACCAGAGAAUUAAGAGAAUUGGAAAAAGAGGAAGUUGUCCCAGUUCCUCUGGAUUGGAGAGGCCCCAACAUUACAUUUGGAAUGUGUAAUGGAUAUGUAUCUAUAGUAGCCAGAGUCCCUCUCACCUGUGGAUCUCUGAAGAACUCCCCCAGGUUCUUUGUCGAUCAGAAUCCUCUCUAUAUUGUUGUCCACAA